AUGGCUACAGAAAAUAGCAUCAUAAAAGACUCAGAAGUAGAUAAGAAAAAUGUUAUUAAAAACAGAGAACUUUUGUAUAGAAUGAUUAUCAGUCAAUUAUUUUACGACGGACAUCAAACACUGGCAGUACAAUUAUCAAAUUUAAUCCAAGCUGAGCCACCAUGUCCGCCAUCAGACAGAUUAUUGCAUUUGAUGCUAAUUGGGUUGGCAAAUGAGCCAGACCGCUCCAAAAAAGACAACAUCAAUCACUCGUCAUUUACCAGUUUCGAAAAUACUUUGGGUCCCGGUUUGGAUCUGGAGUAUGAAACAGAAGCCCAAACACAAGCACCUGAGCCAGCACAAUAUGAAACAGCUUACGUAACAUCGCACAAAGGAAACUGCCGAGCUGGAGCUUUUUCUCCAGACGGACAACUGAUCGCAACCGGUUCUUACGACUCGUCAAUUAAAAUCCUGGAUGUCGACAGAAUGUUGGCCAAGUCUGCUCCAGAUGAAAUGGUACCAGCGGACCAAACCACUGGACACCCGGUAAUCAGAACUCUGUACGACCACACUGAAGAGGUAACUUGCUUGGAGUUUCACCCCCGUGAGCCGAUUUUGGUGUCCGGUAGUCGUGAUUUCACAAUAAAAUUAUUCGACUACAGCAAAGCGAGUGUGAAAAAAGCCUACCGUACCAUAAAUGACGCAGAUCAAAUUCGCUGCUUGUCUUUUCAUCCUAGUGGAGAUUUUCUGGUGGUUGGGACGAACCAUCCAGUUGUUAGAGUUUAUGAUGUAACAACUUCUCAGUGCUUUGUUUGUAGCAUACCUAAUCAGCAACACACUGCUGGUAUUACGAGUAUUAAAUACUCGUCAGAUGCUAAAACUUAUGCGUCUGCUGGAAAAGAUGGGAGUAUUAAAUUGUGGGAUGGUGUUUCAAAUAGAUGUAUCAAUACCUUUGUUAAAGCACACGAUGGUUAUGAAGUUUGCUCUGUUGAGUUUACUAGAAAUGGAAAGUAUUUAUUGUCAUCUGGUAAGGACUCAUUAAUAAAACUAUGGGAAUUAUCGACAAGCAGAUGUUUAAUAGCGUACACAGGUGCUGGAACUACAGGUAAACAAGAGCAUAAAGCUCAGGCAAUAUUCAAUCACACUGAGGAUUAUGUCAUGUUCCCCGAUGAAGCAACCACGUCUCUCUGUGCUUGGAACUCGAGGAACGCAUCGCGAAAACAAUUAUUGUCGCUUGGACACAAUGGACCUGUAAGGCUUAUCGUCCAUUCACCAACUGCUCCAGCAUUCCUUACUUGCAGUGAUGACUUUAGAGCAAGAUUUUGGUUCAGACGAAUGCCUACGCAUUAA